AUGCGAAAGGGCUUCGUAGCACUGCUAUGGGUGUGGGGGGCGCAGGCUGCAAUGGACGUGGACUUGACUUCGGAUGAGGCAAUGAAACAAGCAGCCCGGCUGAAAUCCUACGAUGUCAUGACCUACUACAAGGGCAACCAGUCCGGCCAGAUCCCCGGCAUCCUCCCCGGCCCCCCUCCUCAGGGCGACUACUACUGGUGGCAGGGCGGCGCGCUCUGGGGCACGAUGAUGGACUACUACCACUACACGGGCGACUCGACCUACAACUCGGUCGUGCAGGAGGCCAUGCUCUUCCAGACGGGCCCGCCGCAGAACAGCUACAUGCCCAUGAACUGGACAGCGUCGCUGGGCAACGACGACCAGGCCUUCUGGGGCAUGUCGGCCAUGCUCGCGGCCGAGAACAACUUCCCCAACCCGCCCGAGGACUCGCCGCAGUGGCUCGCCCUCGCGCAGGCCGUCUUCAACACGCAGGCGGCGCCGUCGCGGCACGACAACGAGUGCGGCGGCGGCAUGCGCUGGCAGAUUCCCUCGGUGAACAACGGGUACGACUACAAGAACUCGAUCGCCAACGGGUGCUUCUUCAACCUGGCGGCCCGGCUGGCGAGGUACACCGACAACAGCACGUAUGCGGACUGGGUGACCAAGACGUGGGACUGGAUGCAGGGCGUCGGCCUGAUCGACGGCGAGUACAACAUCUACGACGGCGGGCACACGGGCCACAACUGCACCGACAUCAACCGCGCGCAGUUCUCGUACAAUGUGGCCAUCUUCCUGCAGGGCUCGGCCUUCAUGUACAACUGGACCAACGGCGACGCCGUCUGGCGCGAGCGCGUCGACGGCCUCCUCACCAACAUGAUCAAGGUCUUCUUCCCCACGGGCGUCGCCAAGGAGAUCUCGUGCGAGUCGCAGGACCGCAUCACCUGCACGACCGACAUGCUCAGCUUCAAGGGCUACGUGCACCGCUGGCUGGCCGUGACCUCGCAGCUCGCGCCCUUCACGCACCAGCGCAUCGCCGACGUGCUGCGCAGCUCCGCGCGGGCCGCCGUCGCGCAGUGCGAAGGGCGGGUCUGCGGCUUCCGCUGGGUGCAGGGCAGCUACGACGGCAGCCACGGCGCCGGCCAGGAGAUGAACGUGCUCGGCGCGCUGCUGAGCCUGCUGGCCGUCGACGGGGCCGGCGCCGCGCCCGUCACGGCCAAGGACGGCGGGUCGAGCCAGGGCGACUACAACGCCGGCGGCGAGCCCGACUAUAUGCCGAACCACCGGCCCAUCACCGUCGGCGACAAGGCCGGCGCGGGGGUCCUGACGGCAUACCACACCUCGGACCUCCCCGACAAGAGCUUGACGGCGGGGAUCAACUAUGUGAUCACGGCCUUUGCCAACUCGUCCCUCUUCGCUUCCGAGCCUGCCGGGACCUACCAGCCGUUCAAGAACCUGUCCGACAUUCGGCCGCUCUUUGACAACGGCACCAAGGUCUGCAUGGCCAUCGGGGGGUGGGGCGACAAUGCUGGCUUUGGGCAGGGAGCAAAGACCCCCGAGUCGCGCAAGGCGUUUGCCAAGAACAUUGCCGACACCGUCGAGCGACUCGGCUAUGACUGCGUCGACAUGGACUGGGAGUAUCCCGGCGGCAAUGGCCAGGACUACCGGCAGAUCCCCAACUCGAAAAAGGUCGACGAGAUCGACCAAUUCCCCUUGGUCCUGGCCGAGAUCAAGGCGGCUAUUGGCAGCAAGGAGCUGUCCAUCGCCGUGCCGGGCCGCGAGGGCGACAUGAUGGCCUAUGACGCUGCCCACUGCGCCGCGAUCAACAAAGUCGUCGACUUUGUCAAUGUCAUGACCUACGACAUGAUGAACCGCCGUGACAACGUCACCGACUACCACGUCUCCGUCAAGGCCACUUUCGACACCAUCGAUACGUACAUCCAGCGCGGCAUGGACGCCGCCAAGCUCAACAUCGGCAUCCCCUUCUACGCCAAGUUCUUCGCCACCAAGCCUGGCGCCGACUGCAGCAAGGGCAUCGGCUGCCCGACCGAGCUGCUCGAGGACGCCCAGGGCGCCGACACGGGCAAGUCGGGCGCCAUGACGUUCGAGAAGGGCAACUUUGUCGCCGCGCCCACCAACCUGACUUCGUCUCCAAACCUGUCGUGCGGCGUGGGCACCUUUUACAAGUGCGGCACGGGCCAGUGCUGCAGCCAGUACGGGUGGUGCGGCAACACGACCGCGCACUGCGGCACCGGCUGCCAGUCCGAGUACGGCAAGUGCGAGGGCGCCGACGUCAAGGCCUCGUUCAAGAAGGCCCUGGCCAACGGCAAGACGGACGUCGAGGCCGGCGCGCAGUGGUACUGGGACGCCUCCGAGCGGCUGUUCUGGACCUGGGACACGGCCGAGCUCAUCUCGCAGAAGAUCGCCAAGCUCAAGUGCCAUGGCGUCGGCGGCUUCAUGGCGUGGAGCUUGGGCGAGGACGGCUACGACUGGAGCCACCUCAAGGCCAUGCAGCGCGGACCCUUCACUUUGAAGCCUGUCUCAACAACAUCCGCCUCUAGAUUCUCUAUCCCUCAGCAUCGCAGCUCGGCAAGUCGAAUGCAAAUGUUUCGCAGCAGUAAGCCUGCCUUCCUGAACGUUACCGUGCGCAACCUCCCGCCGGGGACAACACAAGACGAUGUCGUUCGGCAUAUCAAUGGUAUUGUCCUCGGCGCGCAGCCAAAGGUCGGCCCAGUCGUGCUAGACGCGGACAAACGGAUGCUGCACACCUCCGUGACACUGCAGUUGGACAGCGAUGCCGCGUGCAGAAACGCCUGUGCUGCCUUGCAUGGGAGCCGCUUCUAUCCACUCAACCCGGAGCAGCCGAACCAAAGCGCUGAUCUCGCCGUCAAGGAGGACUUUCUUGGCGUCACAACCGUGGCAGAGCAUGACGAUGCCCAGUUCGAUAUUUACUUCGUCCACGGUCUCGGUGGACAUGCCUUUCGGACCUGGAGCACGACUAACCGUGUGCCACCCGUGAUGUGGCCGCGAGAUCUUCUCCCAGAAGACGUCAAAGCCGCCGGGCUGUCGGGUCGAUUCUCAACCAUAGGCUACCAGGCACAAGCCUUUGACACUUGGUCGGCUACCACAACGAUCCAACACGCGGCCCGAAAUCUGCUCGUGCAGAUCGCUACGGACAGACCGGAGGCCAUCCUCAACGAACUGUAUCUGGAGUCAAAUCAGACGGUUCGACACGAGCAGUAUCGCAGAAUCUCUACCAAGGACGGGCAGUGCCUGGUCAGAGGCAUCUUCUUUUUCGGAACCCCCUUUGAGGGCUCACAGCUUGCCAACCAUGCGUCCAAAUUCGUCAAGUUCCUUGGCGGCAAUGAGGCUCUGAUUGACAGCCUCAAGUUUCGUGCCGAUGGGCUUCGUACCAUUGUGUCCCAGUUCAACCAGCUUCGAAACAACGUGAACACCAAGAUACCCAUCCUCAUAGCCUAUGAAAAGGCGCCUCUGUACGGUAUCAAGUUUGUCACGAGACCAGAGUCGGCGAUGAGCGUGUUCGAGGAUGUGACGUCUGUAGGGAUUGACGGUGACCACAAAACCAUGAUCAAGUUCUCGGACAGGCAUGACGCGGGCUACCGCACCAUCUCCCAGCUCCUCAUCCGGAUGAUCGCGUCCACGCUUUCUAUCGCUGCCUCGAGCCCUCCUUUGAGUCCUGCGUCGCCAGCCAAGCCUCCCGAGACUAGCUUCAAUCCCACGCUUUCACGGCGGUCGCACACCAUGUCAACCAUAUCUUCCACAAGAACGAUGCCACCUGCGUACUCGAGCCUGCUGUCACAACGCCCGGACUCCGAGUCUACCCGUCCGUUCUCCGUACAAGGUGCCCUUUCAUCCCCCACCGGGAGACCCCUGUCAUUCCAUCCAGGCCAGCCGAUAUCCCCGCCCGGCACCAGCAACGGCGGCACGACACGCCUCCCCUUCCACCACCCUCCCAAGGCCGUCCACCGCGCCAACCUCGUGCCCGUGCCCGAGGACGGCGGCGGAGGCACAGAAGACACCACCCGGCUGGCCCGGCUGUCCCAGUUCGACACCGUCUUCGUCAUCGACGACUCGGGCUCCAUGAACGAGCAGGACGGCGGCGACAGGUCGCGCUGGGAGGUGCUCAUCGACAGCAUGAAGUACAUUGUCGACAUUGUCUGCCACUACGACCCCAACGGCGUCGACGUGCGCUUCCUCUUCAACGACGCCAAGGACGAGUCCGAGAUCCGCGAGGGCCAGCGCGUGCUCGACCUGCUCUCCAACGAGGUCGAGCCCGACGACGGCGGCGGCGGCACCUUCAUGGCGCAGGUGCUGUGGAUGGUGCUGCAGGACCAGCUCGACCGCUUCGAGGAGUUCCGGGCCGAGAUGAAGAGGGCGGCGAGCAGCAGCAGCAGGGGGCGGCGGGAGGCGCGGCCCAGGGCGCCGCGGAAGCUGAACCUGAUCUGCAUCACGGACGGGGAGGCGACGGACAAGGAGGAGGUCGAGUCGACGAUCGUGGACGCGGCGAGGAGGCUGGACGAGCUCAAGGCGCCGUCGAACCAGAUCGGGAUCCAGUUCGUGCAGAUCGGGAACAACGACAAGGCGGCGGCCUGGCUCAAGUUGCUGGACGACAAGCUGAAGCAGAUGUACAACGUUCGUGAUAUUGUCGACACGAGGCCGUUCAAUAGUCCCGAGACUUUAGACCUUUCCUUCCAGCAGAGACUGCAACGGAUUCUGCUUGGUGCCAUUCUUCGUGAGGUCGACGACGAAGAAGACGAGGAAGAUCAGGGUUAG